GUUUCGCCCCGUACUAAAUUUCCAAUGAUUACAUUAGAUAAAAAUACUGAGUGCCUAUUCAACAAAAUUUCCAUUCAUUCAUCGGCCAUUGAAAUAGCAGAAUUGGGGCCCAGAAAGUCUUCCAGUAGCACGAAGAAUUUAAACGCUUUGCAUCGACACCAAAUAUUUCCCAUACAGAAGAACCGCCGAGAAACUAAAUACAUAGAUGACAGUGUUCUAUAAAAAACUAGCAAGAUUGUAUUAGUCCACAGAUAUGCGUCAAAACCUACCAUUGCUAUUGUUUAGAAUUUGAUUAAAAGAAAAAAAAAUAGUUUUAAUGUAAUGAAAUAAAAACGUGUUAAAUAUUGUCAGUAUUGUAGCAACAUCAUUUAUCUAACAGAACAUCUAUUUCUACAUAUUAAUGUGUAACGCAAUAAAAUGAAUCAAAUAAAGCCUUUAAUUUGAGCAGUUAAAUGACUCAGACAGUUACAUGCUAACAGUCUACACAGCUGCUCUGCCUUCCCCGCAUACGUUACUAGCCUACAUCGUUACUAACGGUAUUUAAGUUAAAGUACUAAACAAUUAAACUACGAACGAAAGAUCGGCAGUACUACGAAGAAAUAUCGAUUUUCCUUACUCUCCACCCUCCAUAGAAAAGACAUCAACGCACAAAAGGUAACAGAAAAUUUUCCGCCAAACAUUUUUGUCAUUCAUAGAGACUUCAUUAUGAUUUGACGUCACAAAUUCAACAACCUACAUAGCCAAAUCGAUAACAAAUAUAAAUCCACGUCAGCCAUGAUUAGAAUAUUAAACAAACACCUACUAACACUACUGACCUAAUUUUUGAUUUUCCAUACACGUAUACCGUACCCUGGAGUGUCAAGAAAUUCAAGAAAUUGGUUAUUCAGCGCGCGAAAGCUUCGCGGGGGGCAUGCGGGGAGAGGGAGGGGUUCAACUUGCGCGUACGCACCUGUCGCGACGCGGGCCCAGUCGCUUACCGGCAGUGGUGGACGCGCCAUGCCCGCGCGCUUUACGAACACGCCGCGAGUGUGAAUUUAUACAGUGUGAUUCAAAAUGGAUGUUCUUUAUAUUUGUUUUAUCCUGGCUCUUAUACAAGGAUUAUCAGCUACAUGUCACUUCCCCGGUGCUCCUGCGCACUCCAGGGUCACCUUCUCCGACGAGACGCUCGCAGAAGGCACCAUCGCGUCCUACGAAUGUGAGCGUGGCUUCGAACUCCUCGGGCCGACGAGGCGAGCCUGUGGGGAGAAUGGGAAGUGGACACCUGAAGGCAUACCCUUCUGUGUGCUAAACGUGGCUGCCGGCAAGGCUCCCAUGCAGGCGUCCACAGAAGAUGGUGGUGUUCCCCAGCGAGCCCUCGACGGAAGCACUUCAGCAUCGUUCAGCGCCGAGACCUGCACCCUCACCAAGGCGGAGAAGAUGCCGUGGUGGUACGUCAACCUGCUAGAACCAUACAUGGUGCAACUCGUUCGACUUGACUUCGGGAAGCCUUGCUGUGGUGUGAACAAACCAGCAGUGAUCGUGGUACGCGUCGGCAACAACCGUCCCGAUCUCGGCACCAACCCGAUCUGCAAUCGCUUCACCGGUUUCAUAGAAGAAGGACAGCCUUUAUUCCUACCAUGCAACCCUCCAAUGCCUGGGGCUUUCGUAAGCGUCCACUUGGAAGCGUCAACCCCAAGUCAGCUGUCAAUUUGCGAAGCAUUCGUCUACACCGACCAAGCGUUGCCGAUAGAAAGGUGUCCGCAAUUUAGGGAUCAACCUCCCGGUAGUACGGCGACGUAUAAUGGGAAGUGCUACAUCUUCUAUAACCGGCAGCCGGCGUCGUUUAGAGAUGCGCUCGGGUUCUGCCGGUCGCGAGGAGGGACCUUGGUGGACGAGUCCAACCCGGCGCUGCAAGGAUUCAUCAGCUGGGAGCUUUGGCGACGUCAUCGAAGCGACAGCAGCAGUCAGUACUGGAUGGGGGCAGUCCGAGACCCUCGCGAUAGGACCAACUGGAAGUGGGUGAGCGGGAGUGACGUCACCGUCUCCUUCUGGAACGCUCCCGGCGGGGACGAGGGGUGCGCCCGCUUCGACGGCAGCAACGGCUGGCUCUGGGCCGACACCGACUGCCAAGCGAGACUCAACUACAUCUGCCAGCACCGACCAAAGGCUUGUGGGCGACCUGAACAGCCGCCGAACUCCACCAUGUCAGCUGAUAGCUUCGAGGUUGGGGCUUCCGUGGAGUACUCCUGUGAUGAUGGGCAUCUCCUCGUCGGGCCAACCGUCAGGACGUGCCUGGAUACUGGGUUCUAUGACGAAUUCCCGCCUGUUUGCAAACGUAUCGAAUGCGGCUACCCGGCGGAGAUCCCCCACGGAUCGUACGAGCUAAUCAAUGGGUCCGUAUCGUAUCUAUCACACGUGCAAUACUCCUGUAAGGCCGGUUACGAGAUGUUGGGCCGAUCGCGACUCGUCUGCGACUACGACGAAAGAUGGAAUGGACCCCCACCGAGAUGUGAAGUGGUGCAGUGCGCGGAGCCGCCUCAGCUUCAGAACGGUCGCGUAUCGUUCAACUCUUCGACGUUUGGUUCCAUGGCGGAGUAUAGCUGUACUCGUGGUUUCAAACUACAAGGAGAAAAACGAAUCGCCUGCCUCGCGUCCGGAUUGUGGGACAAACCUGCACCUACAUGCAUACCUGAAGAACGACCCACAACCACGAGCAUACGCAGUACAACCACAGAGGCUACGACGACGCCGCGACCACCACCAGUGGUGACUACACCACGCCUCGUACUGCCCCCACGCCCACGGACUACACCAAGACCGUUAUCAUCCCCCACUCCAUUCGUCACAGCUGAAACUACUCGCAUCAGGCAGAGAGUAGCCACAGAAAGACCGACGACGGAAAGAACGGUCACCAGGACGUAUGAAAGACCACCGGAGAGAAAGGUGACUGUAAGCGAUACGCAGGAGUCUCCUACCAGUCAUAUUAUCGUGGCUAGUCAUCCGAGGGAGAAUCAGAUUGUGGGCAGCGGUAACAAUAUAAGAGCUGAACAAACUCCUCGAGUGAACAUCCCACAGCCGGUUGAUGGUGAACGACGGGACCCGGUCGGAGCCCGCUUCAACAUCGGGGCAGUAGUCGCUCUCGGCGUGUUCGGAGGACUCGCCUUCCUCAUAUCAAUCAUUACCACCAUUGUCAUCUUUGUCAGAAGCAGGAUCCGCAACACGGGCCAACGCUACCGACACCACGUGUCACCAGACUGCAACACGGUCGGCUCUCUUGACUCCUCAUCAUCAGAGUCGAGGAGCGGCCUCAACCGGUACUACCGCCAGGCCUGGGAAGAGCUCCACGAGGCCGCCGGGGGCAACGGAGGCCACGGGGGGCACGGGGCCCACGGGGGGCAUCGGAGGCACGACCGCGAAGCCCCCAAAGACGGGUCCGAGUUGGUCGUGUCGGACGUGUACCCCGCCCCCCACGCGCGCGACAAGCGUCGCCAUCACCACCACCACCACCACCGCGAGCCCCGACACCCAGACUGGAACCCACACCGUCCCCACCAUAACCACAAACCUAGGUAUUAAGUAAGACUGGUUAAGUAUGUGUGGAUACUGAAACGUGAAUUUUGAACUAAGGCUUUUUACACAAGGCGGGAUUUCCUCGAAUGUGCACUGAGCCUAAGUCCACUUUAAGUCUCACGUUGUCUCUGUCACUUUAAGUUGUAAAUCGACAGAUAGACAUGUAGGAAGACAAGUUGCGUUUCAAUAUUCCGGGUAAGCUACGUUAUAAUGUAUCUUGUAAAAGAGAAGUGACAAAGAAAUGAUAUUAAAAUAAUAUUUCUAUUUGUCCAUCUUGUAGUCUAAUGUAUAAUAAAGUAUUUGUCCCUCAAACAUGAAUUGAUCAAAUUAGAGAGAAUUUAAACUUAUUUGUGAAGUCACUAUUGUGUAUACAUUUUACGAAACUGUUUAUCUUUGCAAAAAUCUAAUAUUUUUAAAUAUAUAUGUUAGUUCCUUUUAAUACCCAAUCAUAUGAGUUUUAACAGAUUUCUGUACAAUAAUCACAGUUCUUCGCUUCUCUUAUGCAAGCUACAUUAUAGUAGGGUGGUACUUAAGGCAGAGCAACGGUGUAUUGUGGAACUAAACGGUACGGGAACCUAUUCUGAUUGCACUGAUUCUAUUAAACGGAAACUUGAAGUAAUAUUCAGAUAAAAGAAACAUAGAAAUGUCAGAAUACAUCUGUAUUCAUAACAGAGUUGCAUUUCAAAUAAUUCUGAAAUUGUGUAAUAUGAGAAAUCGUUUUUGAAAGAAAGUGACCGUCACUAUUAAAAUGUCAUUCUCUUACGUUUCAAGUUUACAAUUCCAAUGCGAUGAUAUACUAUCACUGCUCCUUUCGUUUAGGUAUUUGAAAAACGGUAAACAGUCUUACAAAUACAGAAUAAAACGCGAGAAAAUUAGCUUAUUAAAUAUAGCACUGAAAUUAAUCGGUAAUUUCGUUUGUGCAUUAUAAAAUAGAUAUUGGCUAAGAUUAUUUAACUUUAUUUGAGAACGUAAACCAAUUGAGUAUGGGCAACAUACUUAGUUUCGACUCCGAAUCGAUAUCUCAACAAAUGUUCUUUAGGAAUAAGUAUCCCUUAUCAUAUAUUUUGCGGAUUUUAUUCCGUAGUAUAAAAAACGAUAUAAAAUGCAUCAUAAUCACCAACAGAAUUUAAAAUAGAUUACAAUUUGCGCAUUACAACUGCUUAUUAUAUAAUACUCUGCGGUAUCACAGAGGAAAAUUUAAAAUAUCCUUUUCAAAAAUAGCUAAUUCAAGACGUACGUCUUGUGUGUAUCAAUGUUUAAUGGAAUCAGAACUUUCAUCAGCUUUAAGAGGACCUAAUAUUUAGUUUUCAUUUGUGGAAGUACCGCGUAGAUCAAAAACCUUGCUUCGACAAUAGGGAUGACGACAAUUUUUUUUGCAGUGUCCGUCUUGUAGUUUUCUGUAUAAUAAUGGAUACGUAAUUUUUUAUAUUUCACGCAAACAGAAAUUGACCAAAUUACAGUGAAUGAAACUUACGCGUGACGUCACGAUUGAGUAUAAAUUUUACUCUAUCGUUACGUCACAAGCCCCCACCCCUAAACUUCAAAGCAGUUAAUCUUUGUUAAUUCUAGUUUUUCUGGAAAAGGAAAAAAUACGUGUCUCAUACUUUUCAAUUAUCUAACUGAGGGACUAAUUAGAUUUUUUCCUUUUAUACCCAGUCGUCAUCUCUAUUACAUAAUCCUUCUGAAAGUGCCGUCACCGCUAAAGUCCACAAUCCCAAGGCGAUACAAACAAACUGUACCAAAUAACGACUUCUAAUAUUUAAUUAUUAUAUUAUUUAUCAUUUAACAUGUGAGAGUUGACUUUAACUUUAUGUUAUAAAUAUGGAAUGGCGAUCGUUAUCAAUUCGAAAUCCGCCAUAUUGGCGCUCAGACCACUUGAAGUACUUUAGGGAGCGUUUUUUAUUUACUACAUAAUAUUUUACUAUAUUAUUACGACAAAUUAUUAAGGUAUUUGACUACAUAAAAAAAAAUCAGAAAAAGUCAGACGCGCUGUUGUCUGUGUGUCACUGAGAGAAAAAGUAUCGAGGUUAAGCAAUGGUAGGUACGGUCAUUACGUGACUGAUUGUUAUUGCAAGCCUGUUUUCCUUUAACAGGCUCUAAGUGUCACCUACGACUUACAAUUGACCGGUUUUAUUUGCAAUAAGUGAAAUUUUCAAAUUUAUAUCAACACCAAUCAAUGUGGUAUACAACAAGCAUUUAUCAGCAAUACACACGAACGAUAUUUUGCUUAAUAAAUCUAUAUUUUUGUGUGUCAUUGCAUUUCAGUCGUCAGCAACAGUGGCAGAAACAAAAUGACUCUUAAUCUUCAAAAGCGACUUUGGAUUCAUUGUCGUUACUGCUAUUAAAUUGCUAACUAAAGUGUUUUUCAAUUUUUCUUUCACACUAAGAGAAAUAAUACUACGAUAUUAAGAAACUUUACAAGAUAUCAAACUUGCUUGAUAGUUGCAACGGGAUCUGACACGGACUAUAAAUAAAAAAGACGACCCUUUCAUUAUGACCAUGUUUAGUAGUCAAAUAUCAUAUUAAAACCUACGGAACAACGAAUAAAUUAUAUUUUUAUACGAAUCUUAGUAUAAUUGUAUUUUUAAUAUUCACAGUAUUGCAUUCAUUACUUCUCGCUUGACUAUGAUUACCUUGAUCUUCUCUUAAUAAUUUCGUGUUUCAAAUUUAUAUUUAGUUUUAAGCUUUAAAGUGUAAAUAAUAUUAUUAGCCUAGCAGUAAGAUUAGAUCGAAGAUAAUCAUUGUUUUCUGCUAUUCUCUUGUUAAAAAAAAAUGUAAAUUUAUUUAUUUUACUGUAUUUACAAACGACAUUUUGGUAAACGACACCUUAAAGUGUCAUGGUGUCCUUGUCACUGUUAAGUGGAAAGAGAAAAAUAGACAAUUAAAAACGUGACUUAUACAAGUGUCGUAUGUAAAAACAUUUAGUUAAGUAACUGUGAAAUUGUGUCCGUUUAUUGUAAAUUGUAAUUUUCUUUAUGGAUUUUAAUGGCGUUAUAACCGAUCUUUCUUUUAAUGACUUUUAUAUUCCUAUAAGACUUUUCCUUUUGUUAUUUCUUCUGUUAGCGACGUGUUCUUAACGUUUUAGUUCUCGAAGGAGGAUCGAACGAGGGACACUCAUAUGUACUAUUGAAUAACGGUAUUCUACAAUUAAUUGAUAAACUAAAAACAGAGCAACAACGCGAACUGAAUAAGGAAACAAAAAAAAACCUUUAAAGAGUCCUAUGCAUGUCUAUAAUAUCGACAGCUUUGUACUUCAAAGUCCAAUUUUGAUUUUUGAGUUUUGAUUGUUUUUAAGGGGUACUCAAAAGGUAGAAACAGAGCCUUAUCACUAAGACUGCCGUCUGUUAGCUUGUCACCGGUUUUUGUCUCAUAAAGUGUGAUAGCUGGACAAUUCAGUUCACAGAUCAUGUAUAUCUUUUGUCGCUGUAACGAUUGAUACUAAGAUAAAGUUAAGCAACGUUUGGUCCGGACUUGAAUUUGAUGUUAGACAAUUUUUUUUAUUUUUUUAUUUCGCGGACCCUUGACACUUGAACUGUCUUGAAGUAUAUUGGAUGUUUUCAUAUAUAUAACCGUUAAAAACUAAAAUCAGUCCGUGUAAAUUCUAUUAUAAAGUCCAUGUAUACCAGCCUAAACUAACAAAAUCUACUAUGUAUGGUACAAAGUAAUUUAAAAAUUGUAUGAAGCUUGAAUGAGCAGUACAACUCUACGACGGUUGCUUUAAAAGGAAAAUAUAAAUCUAAUGUGCCAUCCACGAGGCAGACAUACAGUAGUUCACAGUUUAUAUUUUAAUUUAUUAUUAUUUUAUUAUUAAUUAGAUUUUAUUAGAAUUAUUAAAUAUUAAUAAUAAUAUAUUGUGUAUGAACAAAUAUGUAUGUAAUUGACAAAUGAUUUGUUUACUGUCAAUAAUAGUGCUCAAAAGUUUGUAUCAUUUAAACGUUGGUAUUAAAAUUUGUGAUUAUUUA